CCACACAUCUCCCCUCCCUCCCUCCCCGGAACCAGCAGCUAAACCCUAGACUACAAUCCCCCCCCCCUCUCCCGCCCAAUCCAAACCGCGAGCUUGAAGGCGCAGCAAGAUUUCCGUCUGAUGUGCCACCUGGGAGUCCCUUAAAAGAACAAGCCAGGGUGCCUAAGAUGAGCACAGGAUUCAGCUCAGAGAUCUUUGCGCAGAAGCUUGUGAAGCUCAAUAUUUCCCAACAGAGUAUAGAGACUUUAUCACACUGGUGUGUCUUUCAUCAUCGGUGCUGCCAGCAAGUUGUUGAAACAUGGGAUAGAGAUUUUCACUCUGCUCCUCAAGAGAGGAAGAUAUCUUUGCUGUAUCUUGCAAAUGAUAUUAUGCAGAAUAGUAAGAAGGACGGCAUGAGAUAUAUACAUGAAUUCUUCAAGGUCAUUGCUGCUGCCUUAGAUGACUUGUUCACCAACGGAGAUGAUUUUGGACGGAACGUCGUACAAAGACUGGUUAACAUUUGGGAUGAUCGCAAGUUGUUUGGCACCCAAGGACAACUUCUGAAGGAAGAAUACACACGGAAAUUUAAGGAGCUGAAAUCAAAAAAACCUGGUGGGGAGCUAAUGGAGAAGGUCAUAUCGAGCUACAAGCAUAUGCUGCGUGCACCUAUAGAUGAGGACAAGUUAAUGAGAAAAUGCAACAGUGCUCUAAGCUUUGUUGACAACCUCAACAAAGAGUAUGGAAACUCGUACUUAGGGAGCAGUGAUGGAUCUAGCUUUGUGAAGGAGCUGCAGGAACAACAUAGUACCUUGAGAAACACCAUUGACCAAUUCAGAACGGCUGAAUCACUCAGGGCCACUCUGGUUUCUCAUUUGAAGGAAGCACUCCAUGAGCAGGAAUUCAAAAUGGAACUAGUCAGACACCAACUUCGGGCAGCUCAGGCCCGAUAUAAAAAAGCUGAUGACCUCUGCCAGAAGCUUGGAAUAGAUGUAGCAAGGCAGGAACCAUCUAAUGGGCUUGAGAACUCCAGUUUCUCUGAAGUGCCUGUUACUUCUUUCCCAGUUUCAGCUAAUGGUGAUUCUUUUGAGAAGAGACAAUCGACUGCAGUGAUGUAUUCACGGGAAGGGGAUGGAGGUGAGUAUGAGACCCUCAACGGUGUUUUUUCUUCAGGAGCCACCAGGGACAGUAUUGACCAGAAAAUAGAAGAGCACUCUCCUGGUAAUAAGAAGCAGAAGCUAGAGAACGGUGGAUCUGUUCCUCACCCUCAAGCACCUCCACCGCCACCCCCAUUCCCGUAUCCUGAUUUUGAACAGCCACCACCACCACCUCAGUAUCCUCCAUCACCAGAGUCUAGCCCACCGCCACUUCCGCCUUCAAUGCCACCCCCAAUCCCACCACCACCACCUACAACUGAUGUAUUUAUGCCAGUUCCUGCUGCUCCAAUGGGAGGAAUGCCGUACGGCGUUUUCCCACCAUUUCCUCCGCCUGUAAACUAUCCCAUGAUCAACAUGCCACCGCCUUUCCCUGGUGCUCCAAACCCUCCUCAUCUGGGUUUCCCUGGAUUCGGGGGUCCGUUCUAUGGCCCGCCUUUCCCGUCGGCACCCCACCAAUGAACAGAAGUUCUGUAUCAGAAGAUUAGUAGUGCCAGUCAGCCAGCAUAUGAGAUCGUCGUACAUGGAGGUCUGGACGGCUUGCCAUAGGUUUCGUUUCAAUCAAGAAUAUGGCCCGUGAUGAUUCAUCACUGUAUGUUUGUUGUGGAGCCUGCAAGGCUGUCCCAGUGUUGUACAUUUUAGUCAGUUAGCCAGAGAUUAGCUUGCUCAGAAAGUUAGUUAACUGAUGUAGUUGUUCCUGACUUGGUCGUGGAGUGAAAACUAUAGAUUUUGAUGUGUCUGGAUUCUGUUGCUCUGUCAGCCAGAAGAAGUGUGUCUGGCAGUGGACAGAUGCUGUCUAGCAUGACAUGUUUGUAACUUGUUAUAGCAUGUGCUGGUUACAAGAUUAUCAGAAAUUAGAA